GCAUUAUUUCUACCCAGUCUACUCAAUCUCACGAACCAUAGAGCCUCCUACUUUAUAGCCAAGUAUUGUCACAACCAAAUUAUCCCAGCACCUCAAGAUGUAUAUCCAAAGAUUCGUCAUCGCAGCAAUCGUUCUCCCACUCGCUAUUGCGGCUCCUAUCGCUAAUACCGCGGGCGAGAACAACAACUCCCAAGUCAUCCAAAAUGGUGACAAACAUGAUGGGGUGGCAUCUACAUCAACCACUCUCCGAGCACGCCAAAUCUUGUGGACACUUUUGGGUCCUUUGGGGUUCGAGCCCGUUGUCGAUGGGGUCAAUGGUGCACUUGUGGGACUCGGGCUCAAGUGAAUGGAGGCGCGGUAAAUUGUGCCCUCACUGAUUGAGACGAGCCAAGAGACAGCACCCGUAUGGAUGAGGGGGAGACGCAAGAAAAUCUUAUCGGAGGGCGGGUGACUUGAAAGACUUUGAAUUUUGUGUCAUCGAUGGGGAAAUGUUUGUUAUUUGUUGUUUAUGGAUUUCUUUAGCGGUGAUAUGUUAUUUUCAAUGGAAUUCAACGUAGCAAUAUGCUUUACAGCGUUCGUAUGGUAGAGGAAGGAACUCAAUACACUUUAUCUCAAAGCAUUAAUCUUCGUUUUAAUCCCA